AUGCCUUCGGGAAAUGGCAGUCACGUUGACGAUGGCAUUUCGGCCACCAACGUCGCUCUUACCGACGAGUUUGAAGCCUUGAACUCGAUCUAUGGUCCGGAUACUGUUGUCCUCCGAGCUGCCACUGGACCCUCCAUCACCGGGAUUCUGCGCCUGCCCGGAUCGGAAAUCUCCUUGCUCAUCUCCUUCCCGGUUGACUACCCUGAUGUGCCUCCCGAGGUAUUAAAGACACAGUCAACGGGUGAUAGUGGGCGAAAGGGCGAGGGGGAGGUCGCCGUGCACAUCGUUCGCGACGUACUGGCGAGGGUGUGGACUGAGGGUCAGGUGUGUUUGUUCGAUUUGGCCGAGGAGGCCGGUCCUCUGCUCUCCCAGAGGCAAAAUGAAGGCGAACACGGUGAACUUGCGACGACUCAGGCUGUCGAGCAAGACACUACGGACACGAAUAGGUCUGCUGCCUCAUCCUCGCACACGCAUGCAUCAAUUCACCAUCAUGACCACGCUCUCCCUGCUGACCACGGCUACGACCCUCCCAAUACCAUGGACAUUCCGUCUAACGCCGCCAUAGCCUCCUCAUCAGAUGCACCCCCUCCGAAUUGGACCCUCUCCGAUCCACUUACAGUCAACAAGUCCACCUUUGUUGCGCGGGCCUGCCCCGUGCGGUCCCUGGACGAAGCGCAAUCCUCCAUCUCGCACCUCCUCUCCUCCAACAAAAAAGUCGCGAGUGCUACGCACAACAUAAGCGCCUGGCGCAUACAGUCGGCUAAUUCACAGACCGGCGCGGUGAUCACGGUCCAGGACUCGGACGACGACGGCGAGACCGCCGCGGGGGGUCGUCUCCUGCAUUUGAUGCAGCUCAUGGACGUGUGGAACUGUAUGGUGGUGGUGACGCGGUGGUACGGCGGAGUCAAACUUGGGCCGGACAGGUUUCGAUUGAUUAACCAGGUCGCGAGGGAAAGUUUGGUCAAGGGCGGGUUUGCGAGGGACCAUGGAGAGGUGAAGGAUAAGGACAAGGAGACGGGCAAGACAAAAGGAGGGAGUAAAGGGAAGGGAAAGAAGUGA